UGAGCUGGGGGGUGCGGGCUUAGCGGUGGAGCGAAUGAAUCUAGGGGUGGCCGGGUCGCCUUCUCAUUAGCGGCACGUCGCCGGGCUCGGCUAAAGCAGGAUUCAGGCGGGCCGGACUGGCAAGAUAGUGGGCGAGAGCGCAGCGCUGCUGGUUGCAUUUGGUGGAGAAGCAGCAGGAGACGGAGGAGGAGGAAACGGAGCAGCUCGAGCAGCAAGACCGGGCUGGCUGGCUCGUCGACGACGGGAGAAGGGGGGAGAUUAUUCUAGUGUUGAUGAGACGUCCCGGUGAGGGCGAUUUGAUGUUGAGGUGAUGUGAUGUGGCGGUGGCGCUGGAGGAGAUGGUGAAAUGAAGGAGAACAGAGCCAGCGUGCUUCUUCUGGCUUGGUUUGGCUGGCUGGCUGGCUGGGCUGUGUCUGUGUGAGAGGGAUGGAGGGCGCGAGCGAGCCAUAGGAGGGAGAGGGAACGAGAGCAAGAGAGGGAUUGAUUCGGAUGUUGACGAGGUCGAGGCAGGCAGGCGGGCAGUCGUGCCGAAGUAGGAGGUGUGUAAAUUGUGGAGUAGCUUGAGCUGAUCGAAAUUGAGAUGGUCAACGCGAAGAGUGUUCAGGUAACGGAGCGCUAGGGGGAUGCAUCCGCUAUAGCAUCAGUACUGGUGGAGAAUGUGGGCACAAACUGAUCCAGAAUCGUCGGGCGAUGAUGUUCAGAUUAGAAAUUGAGGCCAUUUUUUGACUCUAGUUAGAUCAGGCAGAUCCAGUGCUGACGAGCAAGGUCUGGCUUUCUUUAGACCUCUGUAGAAGUAUCUUGACGACAACCGUCCUUGCGAAGCCAUGAUUCAGCAUUCUUCUCAAAAAAGCUGGAGGGGAUGCUGGAGCUGAUCAAAUUCUACCGAAGUUCGUUUCUGUGGCCAUUCUUGGCCUCCACCAGAUCCGGGACGAUUUGUGUUGAGGUUUUUCGUGGAAAGCUUGAAAGCUGGAGUGGAAGUUGUGAGUAGAGUUUUACGAAGAGUGUAUGGAGAAGGCAGAGUGGGGACAAACAAUUGGAACGAAUCCGAGCAGUCAGGUCGCACGCUUCCGUUUGUCAGCUGUCAUUGUAGCGGGAAAUUCUGUUGGGAAAGAGAGAUAGAGAUAGAGUGGUAAUGUUGGAGUGGACACACAUGUCAAUGUGGUUCGAUCAGUCGGCUGAGCAACAAUGAAAUGGGUCGCGCGUUUUAAGGACCGAGUUACUUCACCAUUUGCAUCGCCUUCACCUGCCCGCCAUCACUUAUCCGAAGAUGGAACGACCAGGGCCAGACCUGAGACCGAGCAGGACUUCAAAAGAUUCUGGGAUGAGUUUCGUUCUUCAAACUCUGAAAAGGAGAAGGAGGAAGCGUUGGAGAUGGCGCUCGAGGUCUUCUGCAAGUUGUUCAAGAAGAACGGCAACGCUCCUCAGCUAGCUUCCAUGCUGGUAGAUGCGAGGCUUUUCUCGUUUGUGGUGGCCAGGGCACUGGUAACCGACAUUGAGAAACUGAAAGGCGAAGAUAUAUUGCUCUUCUUUGCUGAAGGGCACAAGGAUGAGCCAAGCGUUGGCAUGAACAUGCUUUUUGCACUCGAGGGUCUCGUGUCUCCGCCGCUGGAUGUGCAGCCAUUGUUAGAUGCAGGCCUUCUGUCCUGCCUUGUUUCUAUCCUCUAUAGACUUCUCACGAGAAAGCCAACCAUGCCCACCAAGAUUGCCGUCGAAAUUGGAGGAUCAGAAGCAGUUGUUGGGACUGAUGCUGUCAGUACAGACGAGCAUAGGAGUAGUAGUCCAGGAUCUGCAAUCCUUCAAAGACUACUUUCCAAGAAAACACCUAGCUCUCCAAGCAAAGGAGCUAGUCGGUCUGGAGGAGAUGCAUUCACUGAAUCUGAAGCAAAUAUCGCAGAGGAGCAUAAAGUUACUCCAAGUACUGUCGAUGACAACUCGGAGUUGAAACAUAGACUAAUGGUUGAAGGCAGUGUGGUCCAUAUCAUGAAGGCUUUGGCACGUCAUCCAGGAGCUGCCCAACACCUUGCAGAGGAUGACAUGCUUCACCUUGUUUUUGAGAUGGUUGUAAUGGGCUCUGCCUCGUCACCAAUCCCUAAGUUCAACGAUAACCCGAACCCUCCCGUGCAUCUUGCUCAACUCCAUCGUCAUUCUCUACAGAUACUAGCUCUUUUGCUGCUUAGUGACAAUGGCAGUUCAGCGAAGUACAUUCAUACUCAUAAGCUGAUUGAGAAGACACUUUUGAAGGUGGUAAAGGACUUCGACAGUGAAACAGGGGAUCCAACGUACACCAUGGGGGUUGUUACGUUGCUUCUCGACUGCCUUCAACUAUCUUGCCGACCAGAGGCAGGUGGGGUGAAAUUGCGAGACGACCUCAAGAAAGCUGGUGGUUAUCAACUGUUUGUGCAACUGGCGUUCAAGCUCGCUGGGUCAAGCAAAGAUGGGAAGUAUCCGUCUUCCCCAACCACACCUGGAAGAAAGGAUGGUGGUCAGGCCUCCUCAGAAGGGACGUCGCCGAGGUCAGGUCCAGCCGGGGAUGGUACCAGUUUACACGUUCCACCAUCUUUAUUGCGAUUAUUUGACUUUCUUGUGGAACUUUCGCAAGUGGGAGAGUACGAAGGAGCCAGUGGUAAAGGUGGAAAAUCUACGGGCUCAGCAAAGGCUCCCGUGAAAGCUGCGCAUUGCCUCCCUCUCUUUGAUGCUCCUGGAGCUCCUAGUCUAGAAAACCGGGAGAGGGAUGUUGAUGGAAAGAUUCGUGAUCCCGAUGCUCUCCAAGUCUUACAGGAUCUGUUUCUCAAGUCUGGUAACCUUGGCUUGCAACUCGAGGUGCUGGAUCGUCUACUCAGACUGUUUUCGAGUCAUCCAGAGAACUAUGCUCUGGUCCAGGAGCUCCGUACAAUACCUGUCUUUGUUCAAAACAUGGCAUCUUUUCCAGCCAUUCUUCAAGAACGUCUUUUGAAAGUCUUGGAGUACGCUGUAACAGUUGUGAAUUGUAUUCCCGAACAAGAGCUUCUGUCGCUGUGCUAUCUUCUACAGCAGCCGUUGGACUCAACGAUGAGGGCUAAAGUUCUUUCAUUUUUUGUGAAGUUGCUUUCAUUCGAUCGACAGUACAAGAAGGUGUUUCGAGAAGUUGGUUUGCUCGACCUGCUUCUGGAUGAUUUGAGGCUGUGCGAGCUACCCAUCUCGGAUGCCCUCCAACAGGCCUCGAGUCAAGACUUAGACUCUUUUACAGGGAGUUACGGAUCAAUCAGCACGCUUAGGCCCAGUGGAGGUCCGCCAGUCAAAGAACGCUCUCUGACUGUCGCGUCCUCUGCAGGGCAGGCUCCCCCGAGUCUUCACAUUUAUGGAGAUACGGUAACCAUAGGUGGAGCUUGGGAAUGCCUUCACUCGCUUUUAAAAAAGUGUGAAGGAAAUCAAGCAGUUUUCCGAAAGACUGGUGGUAUUGGUGUCAUUCUUCCGUUGUUGGUUUCUGAUGAGCAUCGACCGGGGGCACUACGAGUCCUCUCCACUCUUAUCCUUGAAGACGCCAGCCAGGCCCAUCCUGAAGAACUGGGGAGACUUGUUAGGAUUUUGAAAACUGGGGUUGCGACUAGCAUUUCUGGGAGACAGUGGAUUGUUGGCACUGCCGCGAAAACAGAUAUUAUGUGGACUGUCUGGCGUAUUCUUAGCACAAGUGUGGCAACCAGGAAUGUUUUUGGUGAAGCUAAGGGUUUCACCCUUCUCAUCACCGUGUUCCAAAGUCUCAAGGUGGAAGGGAACUUUGAGAGGGACUUGAGAGUGCAGGACGCGACUGUAUCUCAAAGCGCCUGGGAAUUAGUGGAUGCACUUAUGCACACGAUGAUUUCGGGAAUAUCUUCUAGUGCGAUCAAUCGAAUUCGACUGCACGAAAGUAUCUCAUCACAGACAUUUAAGCAUUUACUCUCGUCUUCCGGUCUUCUCUGUCCCCUUUAUGAGGAGUUGCUAGUAGAUGCCCUGUUUGAUGUAGCUCUGGAGAGAGCUCAGAACCCUUCGAGAACCACUGACAACGUUGGGAUCCUUCCGUUGCUUGUACUUCCAAACAACAAUGUCACUGAUGUGCCCUUGCCAGUUGACGAAGGGUAUGAAAUUCUUGAGGAGGUCUUCAAUCCUGGGGCAAUAGAGGUGCUAAUACACACCCUUCCGUAUAUCACGCCAAAGCUGCAGUUGAAGUUGCUCUCGAGGUUGGAGAAGCUUGCUCAGGCUGGAACGCGAAACCAAGAUAGUCUCACGUCUGUCGGUUGCGUUGGACUCCUACUAGAGACAGUUCGUCCAUUUCUGGGUAGUUCAUCCCCUCUUAUGACGUCUGUGCUCCAAAUUAUAGAAGUGUUGGGAGUCUACAGGCUGUCAUCGUCUGAGUUCCGACUUCUAGGGAGAUAUGUUUGGCAGAGCAGAGAAACUGCGUUGAGUGUCGUUGGACGAAAAUUUCUGGAGGUUCUAGAACGAAUGAGUCGCUUGGAUGGAGCGUCUCAUGAAAGUGUAUCACUGUCCCCGUUUGUAGAGUUCAGCAUGAUUCGAAGUGGUCAUGCUUCUAUGCGCAUUUCAUUGGGCGAAAGAAGCUGGCCGCCAGGCGUGGGGUAUUCGUUUGCUUGCUGGAUCAGGUAUAAAAACCUUGAGAGGAAAGGUUCAACAGCACCAGGAUCUUUAUCGAAGGCCAGUUUUAACAAAUUGGCAAGUGGUUCGGGGACAUACUAUCUGCGUCUCUUGACAGUAGGCACUGUAGAAGAGAAGUCCAUGACGUGUGCGGAACUUUACAUGAGUGAGUCAGGAGUUCUGACUCUUGCCACAAGUCCUACUUCGUACCUGUCGUUCAAGGGAGUUAGAUUGGAGGAAGGCGUUUGGUAUCAUUUGGUGGUCGUACACAGUAAACCGAAUGCCUUAGCUGGCCUUUUCCAGUCAAGUGUGGCUUAUCUCUACGUCAACGGUAGCUUGAGGCACACCGGGAAGUUAGGGUAUACAGCUUCAGCUGCAGGCAAACCUUUACAAAUUACAAUUGGCACUGCCGCAGCUGUUUCUGAAGUUUGUCCUCUGACGUGGAGGCUUGGGCCAUGCUACCUUUUUGAGGAAAUUCUAUCUGCGCCUGCCAUCUUCUUUCUCUUUUCUCUCGGUAGAGGAUACCGUGGCAUUUUCCAAGAUACAGAUUUGCUUCGCUUUGUCCCCUAUGAAGCUUGUGGAGGUGGAAAUUUAGCAAUUUUGGAGGCCCUUGAAACAGAGAUGACCACAAACAACAACGCUCAAAAAGGGGAUGGAGGGAGAGGUGCAGGCAAGUCGAACAAUAGUGGCAUUGUCUGGGACCUGGAGAGGUUAGCUGGUUUUUGGCAACAGCUUUCUCCGAGGAAAUUGAUAUUUGCAUUCGAUGGGACUCAUCCUUACACAACUGUGAAAUCAUCUGUAUCUUCCAUGUAUAAUCUGGUCGAUCCCGUAUCAGCUGCGGCUUCUCCUAGCGGAGGUCUACCCCGAUUAGCCCGGCUGCAUGGAGAUGUUUAUAUUUGCUCACCGUGCAGUAUUGGUGAUAACAUACGUUCUGUGGGCGGUGUUGCUGCGGUCCUGGCUCUUAUAGAAGCAGCCGAGAGCAGGGAAAUGCUUCGUUGUGCACUUUCUUUACUUGUUUGCGUUCUACAUUCGAAUCCCAGAAAUCUACGUGAUAUGCUAUCAUGCAGAGGUUAUCAUUUACUUGCCCUCUUCCUUCAUCGUCGGAUGUCUUUGUUCCGAAUGCAAGAUCUUGAUCUUCUCUUUCAAAUAGCUGCCUGUGAAGCCUCUCCCUUUCUACCUUCUUCAAAGGCUGCAGAGCCUGCAACUGGUAGUUUACGUGAGGCAGGCACCCCUGGUUCCGUGCAGGCAGAUCUUGCGACUGUGGACUAUACUCCUUUGAGAAUAAACAGUGACGACCAGACCUCCUCUCUCGGUUCUUUUGAUCAGUCAGAUUAUUUUGCCCAUGAUGAAGUUUUGACUGCUAUAUCUGAAGCCGGAACAGGCGAUGCAUCAGAGCACGGUCAAGGUAACAGUAUCGUUCUUAGCAAUCCGGAGAUGAUGGAGCACGUGCUUCUGGACUGGACUUUGUGGGUAACUGCCCCGGUUCCGAUCCAGGUCUCUUUGUUGGGUUUCAUUGAGCGUUUGGUCGCUAUGCACUGCUACCGGGUUCACAAUCUUACGAUUCUGCGACGCAUAAAUAUCGUGCAGCAUCUGCUGGUGACCUUGCAGAGGGGUGACGUGGAGAUUCCGAUUUUGGAAAAGCUGGUUAUUCUAUUGGGAAUUUUACUAGAGGAUGGAUUUCUUGCGGCGGAGCUUAAGUAUGUUGCUGACUUCGUUGUAAUGACCUUCGAUCCUCCUGAUCCUGUGGCCGGUGCGGUGAACGUAACUCGAGAGCAUAUGGGUGUCCAGGUGAUUGUAAGGAACAUGCUUCUUGAGAUGCUCAUCGAUCUGCAGAUGACGAUAAUAGGAGAAGAUGUCUUGGAUUCAUGGCAUAAGAUAGUAUCGUCCAAGCUUAUCACUUUUCUCUUGGACGAGGCAGUUCACCCCACCAGCAUGCGAUGGGUGAUGACUCUGCUUGGCGUGUGUUUAUCAUCAUCUCCCAUGUUUUCAGCCAAGUUUCGAAGCAGUGGUGGCUAUCAGGCGCUGGUGCAUGUUCUGCCCAGCUUCUAUGAUUCUCCCGAAGUGUAUUAUGCUCUAUUUUGUCUUUUAUUCGGGAAACCUGUGUACCCACGAGUGCCAGAAGUGCGAAUGCUCGAUUUCCAUGCGCUUAUGCCAAAUGAUGGAAGUGGCUCUGGAGAGCUGUUUUUUACAGAUCUUCUGGAAUCAAUCAUCGCAAUGGCUAAAGCUGUUUUUGAUCGUAUGAGCAUAAUCUCUCAGAAGGCUCAGGAGUCUGGGGAUUUCACACAAUUCAACGGACUCGUGGCAGGUAGUUUUUGUGAUACCAUGGAUGAUACAGCAGAGACUUUGCAAGGUGAAGCUCUUCUGCACAAGACAUACGCCGCAAGGUUGAUGAGUGGCGACGCCGCAGCUCCGGGAAUGGUGACAUCUCUUUUGCGGUUUAUGGUGGAUCUUACGAAAAUGUGCCAUUCUUUCUCCGUCGCAUGUCGGCGUGCAGACUUCCUCGAGUGUUGUGUUGAUUUGUACUUCUCCUGUGCCAGUGCCGCGUCUGCGAUACAGGCAGCUCAGCUGGCAUCGAAUCAGGCACGGGAACUACAGAAGGAAUCUCAAAACCUGCAGAGCUGGGCUGGAAAUCCGGAACAAGAUUCAAGCUUGGAAGGAAGUAAAACAGUAACCAGUGGGGACGGCAAUGGACUAGGAAUGGAAAAGGACUGUUCCGAAGAGAUUUUCGUUGAUUCACUUGCGGACUACUCGUCUGAGGAUCAAGAGAAGUUUUCGAAGGUUUUCAACAUGGAAGAUUCUCUCAGUGUUAAAGAUGGACAAGGGAUCCAGCCGCAGACAAACGGAAAGUCGCCGUUGUCAGUUGGGGUGGAGGGUGCCGUAUUCAAGGUUGAAAACUGGGGAGGCAAUGGGUCUCCCGCUGCAUCGGAACUUUCAGGCGCGACUACUGGAAACUCAGCGUCCAAAGCCCCUGAUACAGAGACUUCAUCCCCAAAGGUUCUGGGUGCGCCCUGGUUCGGGGGUUUCUGUGGUAGUGACCUGAGCUCUAGACUGAGGGCAGCGUCUUCUUUAGGGGCCUCUUCUACACCGAGAAGUGACUUCGAGGUUCAGGAUGUGCAUUCUGUUGGGGUCAAUGUUGCUAGAGAGACCUCUUUUUACCCAGUGAAGCCACAGCUUCUUAUGAGACUAGAGUCCGCGGGUACAGCUGGAGGCCCUUGCUCUACAGGUGCGUCGGCAGUCUUGGACUUGCUUGCGGAGAUAUUCGGAGAAGUCUUGACCGAAUUUCCCAAAGGAGCUGUCAUGAUGGAGACUGCGUUAGAAGCUGCCCCAUUAUAUGUAGAUUCAGACGCUGUUUUGGUUUUCCAGGGCUUGUGUUUAAGUCGGAUCAUCAAUAUUCUAGAGCGCAGACUUAUGAGAGACGACGAAGAGGAAGUAAAGAAGCUCGACAAAACACGAUGGGCUCCAAACCUGGAAGUGCUCAGUACUAUGCUCGUCGAUCGGGUUUACGCUGGAGCAUUUGCUGAUCCUAGUGGUACUCUCACAGUUUUGGAAUUCUUGCUUGAGAUGCUGCAGAUGGCCAAUAAGGAUAAGCGAGUAGAGGAAGCUUUGCCAACAGGGAAAAGCUUGUUAUCGCUAACUCGGGGUGGCUAUCGUCAAGUAGAACCUUACGUCCAAGCUUUGCUCAAGAACACCAAUCGCAUGCUCAUGUACGCCUUUUGCAUGAGUGACUCAACCCGACAGUUUCAAGAAGCUCCAAUCGGAAGCUCCGGUGAUCUAGGAUUAGGGGUAAGUCGGCUCGACACUCUGAUGGCUUUGAAGCUGAUCUUAGCUAAUUCGAAGCUCAUCCUGUGUCCCAGCAAUAUGGAUGCAGACUUCACUUCAUGCCUUGUUGUACACGCGGCUACUCUGUUGUGGGACAAGAGGCCGCCUGUUCAGAAUCUUGCAGUAGAAGUAUGGAGGGCCUUGCUGUUGUACCGCGGACCGUCCGUGGAAGAAGUGCUCGUAGUUAAGGGAGGUCAAGGGGAGCAUCUGGAUGUCGUACACGGAGGCUUCAACAAACUGUCCGUAAGUGAGAGAGACUUCCGCGUCUGGGUCGAAGAUGCACAGGAUCUGAUCAGAAGGACUCUUGAACAACGUGCCAAGCCGACGUGGAAAGAGUAUGUUGCUGCUGCUGGGCGGUUCCCUGCGGUCAAAAUUAAGGCUCUAGAGACACGAAGAAAGAGGGAGAUGGGCCGAAGGUUAAGGGAGAUGUCAAAGUCUCAUACUAGGCAUUGGGAGCAAAUGGUCGAGAGAAGAGUCGCUUUGGAUGUAGUGAGGGAGGCAAUGGCUGCAGAAUUACGCGUGAUGAGGCAGGACAAGUAUGGUUGGGUUCUUCAUGCAGAGAGUGAAUGGUCUGGUCAUUUUCAGGAACUGGUUCAUGAGAGGGGAAUUUGGCCUAGGAUGAAUCGGCCAUUACGCCAGGAUCCUGAGUGGCAGCUUUGUGCAACAGAGGGACCUUACCGCAUGAGGAAAAAGCUUGAAAGAUGCAGAAUAAAGUUGGACCCUAUGACUCGUGCUUCCAGUUAUGGAGGAAAUCAGUUCGAGGAGUUCGCAGAGCAGAAUAUUUUUCCCGGUGAAUUGGACAAUCAGGAAUAUGGUUCAUUCUUCCAUCUUUUCUCUGUGAAUCAAGGUGACCUUGUUCAAAAUAGUCCUAUCGAAGGAGGGGAGUACGAGGAUGCCAUAGAAGACGAUGGAGCGUCAACUUCUAUAAAGCUUACUAUCAGUGAUGAGCAAAAGAGCACUGUCCUUGCUGAUAUGAAUACAUCUGUAAACUCCGUCAAUGGUAACAAGAGUGCAGUCUCUAUUGAUGGAAGCUGCCGAACUGGGACCCAAGGAGUUGAUUCGUCAAGGCCUUCCUCACCGGAUGCUGCUGAGGAUCUCCAAAGGAAUGAGGAGAAAAAGCUUGACAAAGUCAUCACUGACGAUGGAGAGUACUUGAUUCGACCUCACCUCGUACCCGGCGAGAAGAUUAGGUUCCGCUAUAAUUGUGAACGCGUUGUGGGCCUGGACAAGCAUGACGGGAUAUUUCUGAUUGGCGAACUGUGCCUGUACGUCAUAGAACACUACUUCAUAGAUGCUGAUGGCCGUAUCAACGAGAAAACCUGGGAGGGUGAACUCUCGGUAAUUGACAGGGCAUUGGGAGUGAAGAUUAAUUCUGCCGGAGCCGCCAGUCUCCAUGAGCCUGAGAGGGCAAACAGCAUGAAUGAGCGGUCUGGUGAGGCAUGGCCUGGAGGCAGAGCUUGGGCUUACAGUGGUGGGGCUUGGGGUAAGGAGACAGCUAAAGCUGGGAAGCAGAUGUCCCAUACUUGGAGGAUGUGGAAGCUCGAGAGUGUACACGAGCUCUUAAAGCGUCGAUACCAGCUUCGGCCCGUUGCCAUUGAGCUUUUCAGCAUGGAUGGAUGCAACGAGCUCCUGGUUUUCCACAAAGCUGAGCGAGACGAGGUGUUCAAGAAUCUUCUUGCUAUGAAUCUACCACGCAACAGCUUGUUAGAUACAACAAUCUCAGGUCUAUCGAAGCAGGAAGGUAGUGAAGGAGGAAGGCUUUUCAAGAUGAUGGCGAAAUCAUUCAGUAAAAGAUGGCAGAAUGGUGAAAUCAGCAACUUUCAGUAUCUGAUGCAUCUCAAUACCUUAGCAGGGCGUGGUUAUAAUGACUUGACGCAGUAUCCAGUAUUUCCGUGGAUUCUGGCAGACUAUGAAAGCUCAGAGUUGGAUUUGAGUAAUCCAGCCACUUUCCGACGGUUGGACAAACCGAUGGGAGCUCUGUCACGAGACAGAGAAGAAGAAUUCAGGAAGAGGUACGAAAGUUGGGAGGACUCUGAAAUUCCAAGAUUCCAUUACGGGUCGCACUAUUCAAGUGCGGGAAGUGUUCUCUUCUAUCUGAUUAGGCUUCCUCCUUUCAGUAUGGAGAAUCGUCAAUUGCAAGGGGGUCAGUUUGAUCACGCGGAUCGUUUGUUCAAUAGCUUGCGUGACACUUGGCUAAGUGCAAGUCAGGGAAACACUGCCGAUGUGAAGGAAUUGAUCCCCGAGUUCUUUUAUCUGCCGGAAUUUUUGGAGAAUCGCUUCAAGUUUGAUUUUGGCGUGAAGCAGUCUGGAGAAAAGGUUGAUGACGUUAUUUUGCCUCCUUGGGCAAAAGGAAGUACGCGGGAGUUCGUGUGCAGACAUCGCGAAGCACUCGAAUCUCAGUAUGUCUCUGAAAACUUGCAUCACUGGAUCGAUUUGAUCUUUGGGUAUCGACAACGUGGGAAGCCGGCGGUAGAUGCUACCAACGUUUUCUUCUAUCUCACGUACGAAGGUGCCGUAGAUAUCGAUUCAAUAUCUGAUCCAUCGAUGAAAGCUUCUAUUUUGGCACAAAUCAACCACUUUGGUCAAACACCUCGACAACUGUUCGUGAAGCCCCACCCCAAACGGAAAUGGCAGCCUCAGACGCUUCUUACACAGAGCCUGCGCAUGUAUCAUCUUCUGAUCCCGCAAGAGAUUCGAACUCUUGAAUCCAGUGUUUCUCAGAUUGUCAUGUUCCAUGACAAAAUUUAUGUUGUGGGUAGCAAUCAAGUACUGAAGCCUCCUUCGUACUCCAAAUACCUGGCGUGGGGUUAUCAAGAUCGCACCUUGCGAUUCCUCUCCUAUGAUCAGGACAAACUUCUUUCCACCCACGAAGGGCUACAUGACUGUGGUCCAAUACGAUGUGCUGGGAUUGGUCGGGAUGGUCGCGUGCUGGUCACAGGUGGAGAGGACGGAGUUGUCGCUGUGUGGCGAUUGCGAAAGGAUGGCAUGCGUGGCUCCAGGAGACUUCACCUUCAGCGUGCUCUUUGUGCACACACAAAGAGUGUGUCUUGCAUAUCCGUGUGUCAACCCUAUAGCUUAGUCGUGACGGGAUCUUUAGACAGAACUGUCAUAUUCUGGGACCUCACCAGCUUGGAGUUUGUGCGGCAGCUGCCCGAAUUGCCUGCCCCAGCUUCUGCAGUGUAUGCGAAUGACAUGACAGGGGAAGUGGUUACAGCUGCUGGAACCACUCUAGCCGUUUGGAGUAUCAAUGGGGAUUGUUUGGCUGCUGUCAACACUUCUCAGGUGCCCUCGGAUUCCAUACUUUCCAUCGCCAGCCCUCACCUUUCAGACUGGAUGGAAGUCAGUUGGUAUGUCACUGGACAUCAAAAUGGGUCCAUAAAGCUGUGGCGUAUGAGAUACUCUCAUUUGGUGGAGGGGGAGGGUGAGUUUGUACCCACUUCGCGGCCAAUUACUACAUAUGGAGGGUGGCCCAGGUACGAGCGAAUGUCUUCUGGUCAUGGAGACGGUCGACGAGGGUGUUUCACAGGCGGAAUGACACCGGAAUAUCAGCUUGUUUUGUACAAGCUGUUGUCAUGGCACAAUGAGCCUGUGACAGCCAUUUGCUUAUCCAAUGAUCUGAAGCAGCUCAUUAGUGGAGACGGUGCAGGACAUGUGAUCGCAUGGAACUUACCCGAAGAGGGCAUCAAGCAAGCUUCAUCGUCACAAAGCCCGUUGGAGUCAUGCUCGUCGUGCAUGAGAAUUUUUGCGGAAGAGGACGAGAAGGGUUACUGCCGCAACUGCGGACAGCUUUCAUGUAGAAAUUGUUGUAGCCAUAAAAUCUUUCUAGAGGACCUAGGAUAUUUUUACCCUGUACCUGUUUGUAGGGACUGCUUUGACUCUAGAAAAUCCCAAUCUCUUUUGGACACAUCUCCCAACAUUUCUAGUCCAACACCGAGUCUAUCCACUCUCUUAAGAGGACGUCCAUCUAGCCCAGGACAAAAAAAUGCGGAGCAGGAAACCCAAUCCCCACAUGGAUCUAGUCAUCCAUUCACUAGAACUCCUAGCAGCAAAUUAAGGAGCUGAUUCAACCAGGUUCGCACGAAAGCCUUCAGUGGCUGCAUGUAUAUCUCUCCCUUGCUGCUAUUGUACAAAAGCAAAAGCUAUUGACAAAUGGUCAGCAGCCUUCGUCGGUGGAAGCAUUACAAGUUUUUGAUUCUGUAGAGGCAGGGGCUUCUGAAGCCUCUCUUGUAACUCAAAUUUACGCAAUUAUUUAGGUAGGAAGGUACAAGUAAAGGCUUCCUCGAUUGGGUUGGUAGUCUUUAGAUAUCAAAAGGACACAAUUUUUUCGAUUUAUCGAAGACAUAGAGGACCAGAUUGUAUUGUAGCAUAUAUGCUGGUGAUCUCCAUUAUAAGAGUAGUGAAGACGCAGUGGCGUAGGCUAAAUAAUUUUCGGUUUUGGCCUAGUUUACACUUUACGAUUUCAGGCUGUACAGGUACACUCACCUUCGUUACAUCACGAAUAGAUGGCUCCACACGAACAUAUUGUAGCUCACAAGUCAGCAAUAAAUACGUCCCCGAGUGGAGUUUCUUG